AUGUCGCAAGCCGCCUCUGGCAUGUCGCCCGGGACCUUCACCACGCCCUCGCGGCCGCUGCGGUGGCUCAUCACCGGGUGCUCCUCCGGCCUCGGCCUCGCUCUCGCCCGACACGUCCUCACCCGCGGCCACCAGCUCGUCGCCACCUCGCGCUGCCCCGAGAGCACCCCCGCGCUCGUCGCCGAGGUCGAGCGCGCCGGCGGGCGCUGGGCGCGCCUCGACGUGACGGACCCAGACUGCGGCGCGGUCCUCCAGACGCUGGAGGACGAGGAGGGCUUGGAGGUGGACGUGCUGGUGAGCUGCGCGGCGGCGUCGGUGCACUCGGUCGCGGAGGCGUUUACGGAGGAGGAGGUGCGCGCGCAGACGGAGCUGCUCUAUUUCGGGCCGUUUCGGCUGGUGCGCGCGGCGGUGCCGCGGAUGCGCGCGCGGAGGUUCGGCGUGGUGGUGCACGUGCUGGCCAAGGAGGUCGCCGCGUUCAACGUGCGCACGCUGACGGUGCAUCUCGGCUCGCUCAACACAAACAUGCCGGAGGCGGCGAAGGCGGGAAGCAGGCGGCUGCCGGGGGACUAUGAGGGCAGCGUGGCGGAGGGGACGGUGGGAGUGAUGAGGGAUGGGAGGAUGGUGCCGCGCGGGGACAAGGACAAGGCGGCGCGGCGCAUCUUCGAGGUGGCGAUGGGGGAGGGCGCGGGGAAGGGUCAUGAGGGGGAGUUUUUCCUGCCGCUGGGCGAGGAGAUGCCGGCGAGGAUCAGGCUGGUGAGGGAUCGGCUGGAUCACUGCCUGGAAGUGUAUGGGGAUGUCUGUACGAGCAUCGGGCUGGACGCGGGGGAUGAGUAG